GAGGACACGAACUCCGUAGGCCAAGGAGGGAUUGCGACUGAGAGAGAGAGAGAGAGAGAGAGAGAGGGAGAGUCUGCAUAAUCGGAGUCCCAUUGUUAAGCAGGAAGAAAGAGUUGAAAAAUGAGGAAGUGUAAGAGAAAGCAAAGGGUUAACAAAGAGACCGAAACAGAGGAUUGGUGUUUCGUGUGCAAAGACGGUGGGCAGCUAAUCAUCUGCGAGUACGGGGAUUGCCUGAAAGUUUAUCAUCCUGGAUGUGUGGGAAAGGAUGAUUCACUGUUGGAUAAUGGAAAACGCUGGACUUGCAAUUGUCAUUCUUGCUUAAGAUGCCACAAAACCCCAAAGUUUCAUUGCUUCUGCUGUCCAAAUGCUGUAUGCGCUAGGUGCGUCAAUGCUGCCAACUUUGUUCCUGCUAGUGGGAAGAAUGGAUUCUGCUGCGAGUGUUUGGAGCUUGUUCUACUAGCAGAAGAAAAGGUGGAAUACGACUCUGAUGGGGGCAAGAUAGACUUUACAGACAGAGAUACAUACGAGUGCCUGUUCAAGGAAUAUUGGGAAAUCAUAAAGGAAAAAGAAGGACUGACUUUGGAUGAUAUCUAUACUGCAAAAGCUAAGAUUAAGAAGAGUGGAUAUUUCUCUAGUGGUUCUGGCUCUGUUAAAUUUGGUGAAGAUGAAGAAGAACUGAUGAUAUCUGAUUGUGAUAUGUAUGAUAUGGAAGAAUAUAAGCCAUUUUACCAAAGGAGGCAGCCCAAGGUGCUAGAGUUUUCAGGUUGGGGAUCAAAACCUUUAAUUGAAUUCCUCAAAUCCCUUGGUACAGAUACAACCAAACAGUUAUCACAAUAUGAUGUUGAUCGUAUCAUCUCUGAAUACAUUCGUGAAAACGACCUUCUUGACCCACAAAAUAGGAAGAAGGUUAUUUGUGAUGAAAAGCUGCGUGCUCUUUUAGGAAAGAAAUCAGUAUCUAAGAGGAGAAUACCUAAUCUUCUGGAUGCCCAUUUUGCUGAGAACUUGGUCCAAUCCGAAGACGAUGGAAUUGAGAAGGAAGAUAGAAGCAGUUUGGAAGACAAAAGUGAAAAUCUUAUGGUAGCAUGUCAGAGGCAGAGAACACUGAGCUCAGAUAAAAAAUCUGCAGAAGUGGAAGUUGAGAUUAUUAUGCAACAGACCGGUUAUGCAUCUAUUGUUGCUGAGAAUAUAAAUCUUGUCUACUUACGGAGGAGCUUAGUGGAGGAGCUAUUGAAGGACCAUGAAAAUUUUGAGGGCAAAGUAGUGGGAAGUUUUGUAAAAGUCAAAGCAGACCCCCGAGAUUAUCUGCAGAAAAAUUCUCACCAGCUUUUGCAAGUCACAGGCAUAAAAGAAACCUUAGCUGCUGGUAAAAUGAGCAGUGAAAUUCUCUUGCAAGCUUCCUGUGUACCAUUGGACAUUCACAUAUCUAUGCUGUCUGAUUCUGACUUCACUGAGGAGGAAUGUGAUGAAUUGCGGCAAAAAAUGAAUAGCAGCCUGCUUAGAAAACCUACUGUUGUGGAACUUGAACAGAAGGCCAGAAGUCUGCAUGCAGAUAUAAUGAAGCAGAGAAUUGAAAGAGAGCUGGUUUUGUUACAAAAUCAGAUAGAUCGGGCAAAUGAGAAGGGCUGGAGAAGAGAAUUAUAUCAAUUUCUUGACCGAAGAGAAUUACUCAAGAAGGCUUCUGAGCAGCAACGAUUGUUGAAUCAGCAGCCAAAAGUUCUUGCAGAAGUUGUAGAGGUCACAGGUUCUUCUGGAGACUUGUCUAAACAAGGAUUUCCUUGCUCUCCACAGUCGAUCCUUGCAUGGAAUCCCAAAACUCCUUGUACUUAAACCAUCUUUUUCUUUAAUUAGUGAAUGAUUUCUAGUAGUAUGUUUGCAACUAAAUCGAACUGAUUUGCAGAUUAAUUGUUCAAGAUUUGUUUGUUUAAUAUUUUGUUUAGAGUUGAAGCAAUGCUCGAUCUCUUCAUCAAAGUUAUGUUAUAUGUUUGAA